AUGGAGGAACCAACUCCGACGUUAACAGAAUUAAAGGAAAUGACAAUACUAGAUGGACCCGCGGUCGAAAAGAUUAUGGACGGUUUUCUUUCUGCAUUUAAUAAUGGAUUGACAACAAAUCAUUUUACAAUGAUCCCUUCGUAUGUUUCACGGUUACCGACUGGUAUAGAGGUUGGAACUUAUCUUGCUUUGGAGUUGAGUGAUACCUAUUUGAGGGCAGCUGUAGUAACAUUGAUUGGCCUUGGCAAAACAGAUAUCGAACAUAAACAGCAUGAAAUUCCUGCCGAAUUAAAAAAUGGAAAUGUUGGUGAUUUGUUUGAUUGGGUGGCCUUAAACGUUAAAGAAUUAUUAAACGAUGUGGGAUAUGAGUUGGAAACUAAAGAUUUAUAUGCAGGGAUUAAUUUUGGUUUUCCAAUAAAGCAAACGGCAAUAAAUCGUUGUAUUGCUAUGCCUAUUGGAAAUGGAUUAAAUUUGAUGGGAUUAGAAGGCCAUAACAUAGUUGAACUAUUACAAGCUGCAUUUGUUCGAAAGAAUGUCAAAGUUAAUGUUACCGCUAUAGCUAACGAUACAGUUGGCACACUUGUAGCAAAUGCAUACAGCGAUCAAAAUACUAUAAUUUCAGUAGUUUUAGGUACGGGAACAAAUGCAGCUUGUAUUUGUACAACAUCAUCAAUAACAAAAGCCAAAUUCCCUUCAAAUGCACCAGAUUGUAUGAUCAUGAACACUGAAUGGAAUUUAAUGGGAAUAGAGUUUCUACCAUUUAUAAAAUAUGAUAGGAUCCUUGAUUUGCAAAGCCCGUUCCCUAAACUUAAAUCUUUUGAAAAAAUGGUUAGUGGGUUUUAUCUAGGUGAAUUGGUAAGAUUAACAAUUGUUGAUUUUGUGAAAACUUAUAAUUUAUUUGGUGGAUUCUUGCCAGGAGGAAUGGAAAUACCUUACAGUUUUUCAAUUCUACAAAUGACUGAAAUCGAAAGUGAUAGAUCAUCUGAUGCUAAAGAAAUUUUAAAUGUUUUAUUGAAAGGAUUUAAAUUUCCUGAUCAAAAAAAACCAACUAAAAAAGAUAUGCGGAUAAUAUCUGAAAUUGUUAAAAUAUAUUCUACACGUUCAGCUAAAUUAUCGGCUGCAGCUAUUGGUUCAUUAAUUAAAUUCCAAUGUCCAGAUUUUCCUUUGGUUGAACGUGACGUUAUAGUGGCAAUUGAUGGAUCGAUGUAUCAUAAAUAUCACAAAUAUUCUAGUCGAAUGAGUGAAUAUUUAAGAGAUAUUCAACAUAUUGCAGAAGAUAAAAGAACAAAAUUAAGUGAUAUUGAAUAUGGUGGUUUCAUAGGCAUUGCAAUAAUUGCUAUGAUGUAUUCUCAAUAUUAA